AGAACAUAACAUAACAUAACAGGGGGAAGACAUGGCUGUGUUGUAAUAUUGUAUUUAUUCUCUUUACUCGCACUCGUCUCUCUUUUCUCUCUUCUCUCUCUUUUCUCUUUCUCUCUCUAUUCACUGACUGACCCCAUCUCUCUCUCUCUCUCUCGCUCUCGCUCUGAGAGACUAAAUCCCACCCAAAAAAAUGAAGAUCCAGUGCGAUGUAUGUACCAAAAAUGAAGCCUCCGUUUACUGUACCGCCGAUGAGGCUGCUCUUUGCGACACCUGCGACCACCGUGUCCACCAUGCCAAUAAGCUCGCUUCUAAACACCAACGCUUCUCUCUUCUCCACCCUUCUUCCAAACAAAUCCCCCUCUGCGAUAUUUGUCAGGAGAAAAGAGCUUUCUUGUUCUGUCAACAAGACAGGGCGAUUCUAUGCAGAGAGUGCGACUAUUCGAUUCACGCAGCCAACGAGCACACCCAGAAGCAUAAUAGGUAUCUUCUAACUGGGGUUAAGCUCUCUCCUACUACCAAGCUCUACGAAUCGCCUUCCACAAACGCCGUCUCCGAUUCCAUUUCCUGUCCAAAGAGUACCACUCAAACUCAGUCCUCCUCCGUUUCAUCCGUCAAGAAAUCCGUUACUUCCAUUUCGCCUCCGAUUCCAAAUCCACCCAAUAAUAAUAAUAAUAAUUCAUUACCCAAGACUAGCUCAACAACUUCCACAAACGAUGAGGGUACUGGCAGUGUCACUGGUACCAGUACGGCUUUAACGAGUAGCAUAUCAGAGUACUUGAUAGAGACCCUGCCAGGUUGGCACGUCGAAGAUUUUCUCGAUUCUUCCUCAGCCGCUUUUGGUUUCUGCAAGAGUGAUGUUGGAUUAGUAUCACCGUUUUGGGAUUGUGACAUGGAAAACAACCAGCUGGGUUCGUUGUCGUCAGAGAAUACGGGGCUUUGGGUCCCUCAAGCACCAGCUCCUCCCAUGUACAGCAGCAGCAGCAACAACAAUAAUCACAACCACCACCACCAACACCAACACCACCGCCCUUCAGAGAUAUUGGGGUUGAAGGAGACAAAGGAGGCCACAAAUACGAAAGCCAACGCUGCCACUAAAAGGUGGGCCGACGAUGCUUUCACAGUCCCUCAAAUCAACCUUCCCUACAGUAAUAAUAAUAGUAGUAACAAUACUAAUGGCUGUUCCUCCAAGAGAUCUAGGCCACUUUGGUAAUUUCAAGCCACUCUUGUUUAAAUAUUUUCUCUUUUGGACUAUACUGGAGAACAAGAAGAAAGCCUUUCUAUUUUUCUACUACUAAUUUAAUUUGUUUCGAGUUUGACUUUUUUCUUUUUUUUGAGGGUAUUUGGGUUUUGAUUGCAACCCAAGUUUGGGUCGUGUUAUUAGAUUCUCAUGAACCUGGUCUCUUUCGAUCUCUGAAAGACAGAGAUCGCUGUAAAUAUGAAAAAUUUUCCAAGGUUGUUUCUAUGUUUUGGUUUCCAA